GUUGAUGAGCCACUUCCUUUCACAUCUCCUGAAGCACGCUUUCACAUUUCUGACUCACAGAGGUAUUCCGAAGAUAUUACCUCAUGGCUUCAAUCAAACAGAAAUGACCCUGCCUGCACAAAUUUCCUUCUGCUCCUCAAGGACCACAUCCUUGGUCGCUUGCGUGGGCGUCCAUAUGAUGGCGAUGAAAGAGGUUUUUCUCACCAGGAUCACCACACGAUGAUCUUCGAGAAAAAUCAAAUGUAUUUCCAUAAGGUAUUGCGAGUCAAUUACACUACAUAUGAUAUGCGCUGCAUGCAAGAUUCCAUCAAUCCACACACCCACCCAAAUAUUAUGGUUGCUGCACACGAAGAAGACGACGACAAUAAUCCUGAGGCAAGCAAGCAUCCAUACUGGUAUGCUCGCAUCAUCGGUAUCUUCCAUGUCAACGUAAGGCAUACUGGACCAUUCUGA